CUCUCACUUCUUCAAACCAACUUUGCUUUCGCUCUCAAUACUCGCUAAACUUUGUGUUCGACACUCUAAAUUCACUUGCUAUGGCUUCAACAUUGAUGUCUUUGUUACCAACUUCUUCUUACACUUUGCCACUCAACAAAGCCAAACUCUCAAACAAAUUGGCUCACACUAGUAUUGCCCCUUGCUUGGCCACAUUCCCUUCUAGGCAGUCUCGAGCCCCCGCGGUGAGAGCUCAGGCCUCCGACGAAGGCAAGGACACGGCGGUCGACGUUCAUGUCAAUCAAGGCUCUACUUCCAACCAAACUGUUGAAAAGAGACCUAGAAGACUAGCCAUGGAUGUUUCACCUUUUGGGUUAUUGGACCCAUUGUCGCCCAUGAGAACUAUGAGGCAAAUGCUGGACACCAUGGACAGGCUUUUCGAGGACUCGAUGGUGUUCUCACCCAGAAACCGGUGGCCGUCGGGAGAGGUCCGAGCUCCAUGGGACAUCAAAGACGACGAGAACGAAAUCAAGCUCCGGUUCGACAUGCCGGGUCUCGACAAAGAAGACGUGAAGGUCUCUGUCGAGGACAGCGUUUUGGUCAUCAAAGGAGAGCACAAGGUAGAAGAAGAAGAAGCAACAUCCGCAGCACCACCGGAAGAGUCGUGGUCCGGCGGCGGCGGCAAGAGCUUCAGCUCCUACGAGACUCGUCUGCAACUCCCUGAUAACUGCGACGAAGAGAAGAUCAAGGCUGAGCUCAAGAAUGGUGUUCUUUACAUUUUUGUUCCCAAAACUAAAGUUGAACGCAAGGUUAUCGAUGUUCAAAUCCAGUGAAACCAACCAAACCAAUAUCUACUCUACUGCUUUUUUUUUUGUUUUGUUCAUGAAGAGAAAGAGAGAUGAAUAAGUGGUUUUGGCUUCA